AUGGCAGAGCAAGAGCAGAGCAACACCUCACCGCCACAGGACGAGCACAGAGCCUGUGAACAGUUGCAGCAGGAGAAGAAGAUCACAGAGCAAGAUCAUGCCGGUGACACUUCACCCCCACAUGACAAGGACAAGGACAUGCAAAAGCCACGCAGUUCUGAGACAGAGAAGAAGCCAGCAGUUGGGCGAUCAUGGUCCUAUGAUGACGAGCUCAAGAUUCUCAAUGCUUUGGUCGUGCACGCCCAGUCCUAUAACGGUGCUUUGCCUGACUCAUCACACCUUUUGGCCAAUCUCACCUUUGACAAAAUUGAUGCCACCGAGGACAAGCUCACCGACAAGAUCCGGAAGCUUAGGAGACGGUACUGCAGUUUCCUUUUACAAGGCUGCCCAUCCGAUGACCUUAGUCGUCGGCUGUUUAACCUAUCUGAAAUCCUCUGGGGCCAAGCUGAUGAAGAUGAGAGGGUUGAGCCAACAUCUAGGGACUUCAGUGUACUAUCAAAAUUGUAUCCUCACCUGGCUAAAGAAGUCAAAGCUUACGCCGAAACGCACAGCUCGGGGGACUUAAUCAUGGCAAUGUUCAUGACCAUUGGUGAUGAGAAGGCCUGCGAUCUCAAUGCUAAGUGCAAGAAGCAACAUAUUGAAGCAUUCAAGUUGGAGUUGGGCCAAGCAAGCCUAACCAAUGAAUUGCUCUUUGCCCUUUCAAGUCUGGCCACCAAGAUCACGGACCCCUCUCAGGCCACAUCACGCAAGAGGAGGGCCGAGAAGCUAGAAGAGCCCCUUGAUGAGCAGUAUAUAAGGCGCAGCAAGAGAGUUGCAGGGAAGACUGAAGACUUCAAGGACAAACCAAAUGCAGAUGAGGUCUUCAACCCAAAGCCACUGGCAAUGGUCCCAGCUCCAAACUCCCCAGCCCCCCACCUCACCAAGGACAUUGUGGAGGGUAUUGCCACUGGCUUCCUGCAGAUUCAUCCUAGGGACGUCUGGCGCACUGAUCAAGCUGGACACCGAUGA